CCGGGAGCCACGGUUCCCUGCCUGCCUUCGAGAUGGCUGGACUUCCCACGUUUGGAGCUGAGGCUUGGAUUAUUUGGAUUUGGCCUGGGGAACAUUUUGGUAGUUUGCCAUUGUUUGACUCCGGGUAGUGUUUACGUUACUUCUAUGUUUGCAGAUUAUAUACACCUCAAAAGAAGAUGGGAGGUGGCGACCCGCGUAUACGCAGAAACUUUAAGUGAGGUGGAGCUGUUCAGAAUAAUGUUCAACAUCAACCCCCUGGAGAACCUGAAGCUGUACAUCAGCAGUCGGCCUCCCCUGGUGGUCUUUAUGAUUAGUGUAAGCGCCAUGGCAAUAGCUUUCCUGACCUUGGGCUAUUUCUUCAAAAUCAAGGAGAUUAAGUCACCGGAAAUGGCAGAGGACUGGAAUACAUUUCUGCUGCGGUUUAAUGAUUUGGACUUGUGUGUAUCAGAGAAUGAAACGUUAAAACAUCUCACAAAUGACACCACAACUCCGGAAAGCACAAUGACCAGUGGGCAGACCAGAGUGUCCACCCAGUCCCCACAGGCGCUGGAGGAUUCAGGCCCAGUUAACAUCUCAGUUGCAAUCACCCUCACCCUGGACCCGCUCAAACCUUUUGGAGGUUACUCUCGCAAUGUCACCCAUCUGUACUCGACCAUUUUAGGGCAUCAGAUUGGACUUUCAGGCAGGGAAGCCCACGAAGAGAUAAACAUUACCUUUACCCUGCCAGCAGCUUGGAGCUCGGACGACUGUGCCCUUCAUGGUCACUGUGAGCAGGUGGUGUUCACAGCCUGCAUGACCCUCACAGCCAACCCUGGUGUGUUCCCCGUCACUGUACAGCCACCACACUGUGUUCCGGACACAUACAGCAACGCCACGCUCUGGUACAAGAUCUUCACGACUGCCAGAGAUGCCAACACAAAAUAUGCUCAAGAUUACAAUCCGUUCUGGUGUUACAAGGGGGCCAUUGGGAAAGUCUAUCACGCUUUAAAUCCCAAGCUUACAGUUAUUGUUCCAGAUGAUGACCGUUCAUUAAUAAAUUUGCAUCUCAUGCACACCAGUUACUUCCUCUUCGUGAUGGUGAUAACAAUGUUUUGCUACGCGGUUAUCAAGGGCAGGCCCAGCAAAUUGCGUCAGAGCAGUCCUGAAUUUUGUCCUGAGAAGGUGGCUUUGGCUGAUGCUUAAUCCCACAACUGCCCGUUUUCUGAGAGAGACUGAGCAAACCGUAAGCAUUGCCUGCUGAUGCCAGCCUGGGCCUGGACUCUCUGUGAAUAUAUUCUCUUGCAAUGUUGGGUUAUUCCAGCCAAAGACAUUUCAAGUGCCUGUAACUGAUUUGUAUAUAUUUAUAAAAACCUAUUCAGAAAUUGGUUCAAUGAUGCACGUGCUUCACACUGGGCGCAGUCCAAACCCUGCAGCCUCCCCCGUGGACUUGGCGGGAUGAUCCGCCUAGCGCCAGCGACGAUGCCUGAUACCUGCCUCAGAGAAGUCCAUGCUGUCUUGACCAAGAUCUCGGGGGCAGUUCAUUGCUGGUGGGGUUGAGGUUUGCUUUGGUUCGAAACAGUCUGCACCUUUGACAUGAUACUGCAUUUCCCAAGCCACCAAUCCGUUUUGUGGAUUUUACGUGUCUGUGGCUUAAUAAUCAUAGUAACAACAAUAAUCCCUUUUUCUCUGUUUUGCUUGCAAGGAGACAUACGUAUCUUUCUAAGUUUUCUUUUUUUCCUUUGGAAAAAAAUAGUCACAUUUUAAUACUACUCUAGUUAAGACAGACUUGUGCUUUCAAAAUCUUGAGUAAAAAGUUCAAUAUUUAAAAGUCACCUACAUGGUAAUGAUCUAAGUUUCAUUUUCCACAGGGGUAGUGAGGAACCUGGUCUUGUGGAGUUGAGUUGGCACAGAAAGUUCCACUGUCCUUUUCUCCUUGGUUGUCCCUUCCCUCUGUUAUAAAAGUUAAAGCGGCUUCCUCACUCAAAAGGGCUUAAAAAUUAAGUAAAUGUCUUUAGAGUAGAGCUAAUUCUGUCCUGUGUCCUGGAAUGCAGAUGACACUCUGGAAAGAGAGCAUGAUGAUUUGGUCUAAUAGUUGUGAAAGGAUUUCUUGUUUUCUUUGAAGAGGGAGUGGUUUUUCUUUCUUCCUUUAUUUUUUUAAUUUUUUUUUAACAUUCAUUUCUGUGCAGUUAACAUAUCCUCAGAAGGAAAAUGGCAACUAGUAGAUAAGUAACAUGAAAAUGAUGCCUGUGAAAUUUGAAUGAAAGCAGUUCUGAUUUGCCAUUUAUCAGGAAAACCCAAAGCAUUUUUCUUUGUUAUAACAUGAUGAUGAUCCAGUUCCUUUACCCUUUUUUUCCUUUUAAUCCAUCUCCAUUUAAAAAAAAAAAAAAUGUGUGUUAUCUUUUCUAGUCCUUUUUUGUUACUUGUAUUCUUACUGUUUUUCUUGAUAGCUCUUUGCCUCAUUGUAAUUAAUGACUUCUAUGUUCUCGCAAGCAGUGCUAUAGCAGAAGGGCAGGUGAAACCAUGGACAUCAGGAAUCGGCCCUGCAGUCUGAAAUAUAGAUUGGCCGAGAACAUUUCAUCCGAAGUGUUCUUGAAUGGAAAACAGUUGUGGGCUUUUACUAACAAUUGUUAAAAUAAUCACUGUAGUAACUUGAUAUGUUAGUAUGUUUUUUCCUUUCAGUUCAUUUUAAGGAUAAUAAUCAUACCUGCCUAUCCCUUUAUUUGUAUGACAUGAGUUGCUUCCAUGAUGCAUGGCUAACCUGUUAAUUUAGUUUACUGUUUGGGGACUUUGGAGCUCUUAAGAAAUAAGAUGGAGAAAGAGCCUUUUGGUUUGGACUUUACAAAUAUCAGUAUCAUUAAGGUCAACAGAUUUUAGGUUAAGCUGCUACUGAAUUGAUGAAAUUAAUGGAGUUCUAGGGAUAGAUUUAUAACUUGCAGAGUAAUAUAAAAGGAGAAAGGUGGGGGAAGUCAAUUUCACUGGUUUAUUCAAUCCAGCUUAUUGCUAAUAUUAAUUACCCUUAUUUUAAUUACAGGGAGUGGCUGGACUAUAUAGCCAGGGGAGGAAGGAUGCUGUUAGAUGUGAGGAAAGGAAGUGCCAAAAAUGCCUGGACAGUAUGGCUUGUCACGAGGCCAGGACACACACUUUAAAGUCUAGCAUUUACCCUAGAAGGUAAUUCUCAAAAGAUCUUGUGGAAAACCAGAGUUAACCAGGUGUAUAAAGGAAGGCUGGGCAGAGGGGAGGCUGUGUGCCUGGCUGUGUAGGAGGCCUAGUAACUGAAGAGACUUCCACUGGAUCUCAGGAAGUCCAGGGGACCUGGUGCAGUGGGGGCACUUGCAGACAAGGCCUGGUUCUCUGCAGGGCCUUGCUGGGGGCCCUCAAGGUUAGAAGAGUGUCACAGGCAGGCCCAUUUGCCAUUCAGGGUGACCCCGCACAGGAGCACUGGCUCGUCCUCAGGCAUCUUGGACUGGAGGUCCAAUAAAAGGUCAGCAACUUACUCUUAAAGUGGUUGUUUCAGAUCAUAUUGAUCUCUUUCCUUUUUCCUUUGGUCCUUUCACUGUAUGACUUGAAUCAGUUUUGAUUCUAUUUGUAAGUUUUUCUCAUCAUUAGGAACCUGCUGUUUCUGUUGCAUUUUCUUUGGCAGUCUAGGGAUUCAACAUCCUGGUUUUUCAACCCUCCUGCAGGCACUGUGGGGUUACGAGGGCCAGCGGAUCCACUUCACUUCUCUUGCUGCAUGAUGGUCAGUAGCUGAUCUGUUAUGGCAUUCACUCCCAGAUUAAUUUUCCAUGUUUGAAAUGUGUGCAUAUGUGCUUUACUGAAUAAAACAUCUGAAUUUA